AUGUCCGCCCAUCUUCGCUUGCUCUUCACAGCUCGCGCUACAACCCGCCCCGGCUUCUCCAAAGUUCUCGUCCAGCGUCGUCCAGCGUCAACAGCACCUAUACCGUCCAGCUCUACCGCGCGGAAUGCGGUCUAUGCGUCUCUCUUCGUUGUGACGUCUGGCCUCUUUGCCAUCUACUAUCUGGACUGUCGUGCCGCACUGCACAAGUAUAUUGUAACCCCAGUCAUUCGUCAUACGCUUGACCCUGAGACCGGGCACAAGCUCGCGGUCCGUGUCUUAAGCUCUGGGCUUGCUCCACGCGACCCUGUGGUUGACGAUGAAGUCCUGAAGGUGGAGUUGUGGGGCGAGGAAAUGAGCAGUCCUGUAGGGCUCGCUGCUGGGUUUGACAAGAAUGGAGAGGCCAUUGACGGUCUCUUCAACCUAGGUUUCAGCUGGGUGGAGAUUGGUAGCAUCACCCCAAAACCUCAGCCCGGCAACCCGAAACCACGUGUCUUCCACCUACCUGAAGACGACGCGCUCAUAAACCGCUACGGGUUUCCGUCGGAAGGACACGCGUCAGUACUUGCUCGAUUGCGCGCACGCCUGCCAACCCUCUUUUCAUACUCCACCUCCUCAACACUGGAGUCUCCCUUGCACGUCGAAGAGCACGCGUCGCUGCGUCCGAAUGCCCUUCUUGCGGUGAACUUGGGCAAGAACAAGUCGUCUCCCCCAGACUCGAUUGUGGACUUCGUCACAGGGACGCACGCGUUCGGGCCGUAUGCAGACGCGCUGGUCGUGAACGUGUCGAGUCCUAAUACCCCGGGGCUUAGAAGUCUACAAAGUCGGACGCUGCUGCAAGAGCUUCUGGCCGGGGUUACGGCAGCGCGAGACGAGGUGGCAGCACUGUCCCCGCACUCCCAUCGACCAAAGCUCCUCCUGAAGAUCGCUCCAGACCUGUCCUCGGAAGAAGUCGCUGGCGUCGCGGAGGCCGUUCGCUCUAUAGGCGGCGUCGACGGAGUGAUCGUCAGCAACACUACCAUUCAGCGCCCUUCCAGCCUCAUGGCCCCGAACAAGCAGGAAGUCGGCGGCCUGUCUGGCCCUCCGCUCAAGCAACUAUCGCUCGCGACCCUCCGUGCCCUCCGUGCCGAACUCCCCGCCUCGGUCCCCAUUAUUGGCUGCGGCGGAAUCUCUUCCGGGGCCGACGCACUCGAGUUCGCCCGCGCAGGUGCGGCCGCUGUGCAGCUAUACACCGUGUUCGGCUACCGCGGCCCUGGCGCGGCGCGGGAGAUCAAGGACGAGCUCGCCGCGCUCCUUCGUGCCGAGGGCACGACGUGGCAGGCGGUGGUGACGGACGCAGUCGAGCGCACGGCGUGGAGGGAGCCGUCGCCGGCCCCGCCGAAAGCCAAGGAGAAAGAGGGCGGGGAGGUCAGCGUGCAACUACUGGUACAGGAGGCAGAGGAGUUGAAGAAGCUGCUUGACGGGCUUGGCGAGAGGCUUGGCGAAGGCGAAGUGAAGGGCAAAGGCGAAAAGGUGGACGAGGACGCUCCGCCGCCGACGGCAUUGUAG